AUGUUAACAUCACCACGAAGCAAUGGUGUUGAUAAUUUUGUUCCUAGUCAUCAUUUAGCGUUGAUUACACAACCAGUAUUAGGUGCUCGAUCAAGAUCAAGAAAAAAGACAAAUAUUAUUGUUGAAACAUCAACAUCGACUAAAGAAAAACUUGAUUCGAUGACAAGUAGUCGUCGAAGUUCAUAUAAUGAUUCACCACCAUUAAUGUUGCCUAUUAAUCGGAUUGACACUUCCCAAUAUCAAAAGAAAAUUAAUGUUAAUAGUUAUCAUGAAUCAUCUGAUUCAGGUCUUGAUUUAUCCUUAUCAACAAAUUCAUCUGUUCAAUUUCAACAAUAUUCUCAACAACAUUUUCCAACUCAUCGUCCAUUAAGCGCAUUAAAUGAAGAUUCAAGUCCCGAUGAUGGAUAUCAUGAUGAUCAUGAGCAAGUAUCAAUUGAUAUUGUUCGUCUUCGAUGUCCACCUGCUAGUUUUGGAAGAAACCGUUCAAUGGAAGAUAUGAUCAGUAAUACUACACGUGAAGAACAACAACAACAAUAUCGUUCAAGUUCGUUUUCUGAUGAACGACAACAAAAAUUACCUUUAAAGGAUGAAAAAAAAAUGAAACGAUCAAGUGAUGGUGCUCUUUUAGAUUUAGUCGAUACAUCACCUGAAUCAACAGACUCGUAUCGUCGAAUGCAUUCAAUUAAACAUGAACUUCUUUAUCCUCUUAAUAUGCAGCAACAUCGAUCAUUAAAUGAUUUAACUAAUAAAACUUCAUCUAGAGCUAUCCGAAAUGACUCGAAUAUGCCAGCUAUUAUUAAUAAUUUGCCAACAGCACAAACAACUGUUCGAAAACCGAAUACAUCAACGUUAAAGCCAUCAAGAAAAAAAACAAAAUUCAAUAUUCUCAUGGAACCAUCAGUACCGUUGACAUCGUCACGUCUUACUGUUUAUGAUGAACAAAUAAAUACAAUGACAGCAACAACAAGUAGUUCAAGUAAUCAAACAACACCACGUUCGAUUCGUCCAUUGGGGCAACAGCAGCAACAUACUAAGUCGAAAGCAACGAUACAACUCAGUCAUUAUCCAAAUCAAGAACAAAUAAGAGCACAUGUUAAUCGAUCGGUUAUUGAGAGGCAACAUGCGACGAAUUUGGUAGCACCUACACGUCGAGGUGUUAUCCAACAAAUAAUACCAUUUGAUGCUUCCCCAUCAAAAGUUAAUAAUCUUCUACUAAGACAUUAUGUUCAUCAAACUCAGCCAACCAAUACAUAUCAUCAAAGUUCAAAUAUACAAUCAUCACCAUCUCGACAAGUAAAACAAACUUUAAAAACAUUAUACAAUGACGAAACCAGUGACAAUAAUCAAGAAGAAAGGAGAAAACAAAAAGAGCAAAUUAAAAUUAAAAAACUCAGAGAAUACCAGGAGAAAAAGCAUUUAAAACAAAAAGAUGAUUUUGAAAAUAAUCCAUCAAAUGAAAUUCACCUAAGAGAACAACGAAGAAUUAAAAACAUCCAAGGAUCCAUUCCACCGAAAAAGACUCAUAAACAUGAAAAUUCACAAGAUACAUUUGAACAAACGAUUAAUCAACAACAUUUUAUUGGUUCAACUCAAAGGCAACAGGAAAAAGAAUUAUCAUUUGAAAAAAAUCAUCGACGAAAUAAAAUUGUUAAAAACCGUUCAACAGAUGAAAACGUAAAUAUUGAUGAAAGACAAUCUAUGGAAAAUAUGUUUUCAAAUACACCUCGUCGUCAAUAUGAACAAAAAAUCGAUAGUCAACAUCGAUUAUCAUCUACUAAUGACCCCAAUCAACAUUUGAUUGCUGAUAAACAUGAAUUUGUUCAAUUCAAUAACACAACAAAUAAAUUGCAAAAUACUAAUUUCAUUACUCGGCGACAACAACAACAAAAUGUUAAUAAUAUUGACGAUUCUAUAUACAUAAAUCAAGCCAACCAUAGUAAUAGAGAUAUUGGUGGAAAACAACAAGUUCAUGGAUUAAAACCAACAGUAAUUUAUCUUCGAAAUAAAACACAGAAUAAUACUAACGACAAAAAUCUAAAUCGAACAAAUGAAUUAAAUAGUCAGUACGGAUCCGAUUAUUUAUAUGGUGCACAAAACAAAUCUCUUGUUACUUCACAGUCUCGCCCAUCAAAAGUUCAUUUUCAAUUAUACGAAAGUUCAACAUAUCUUCAUCCUUUAAUUGAAACACAAACAAAUCAAAAUCGACGGCGAAAUUCUAACUAUGAAAAUGAUGAGCACGCAUGGCAAAAGCCUCAAACUACAUCAAUGCCAAAGACUACACGAACAAAACCAAUAAUUCCAAAAAAUACAAAUAUUACCGAAUUAAAACGAGAACGAGAAAUAAGUCAAUUGAGUAAUAUAUCAAAAGUAGAUUCAACACAAUAUGAUGAUAUGAAAUUUAAUCAAAAACGUAUUGAAAAAAGUUCAACUGGUAGUUUUCAAACAAAAUCACCUGUUUCAUGGUCAAUAGUAUCAGAACAUCACAAUGAUCAAGAACAAUAUGAAGUUUAUGAAAAAUCAAAUAAUUAUCCAUCAGAAUUAUCGAUAUCACCAUCGUCACAUGAAGAAUUCACUGAAAAUAAUGGUAAUACAUCGUCUCGUACUUAUCGUACAAUGAAAAUUGAUCAUCAACAACUUUUUGAUGGACGAUAUGUUAUUCCAUCUCAUAGUUUACAUACUCCGUCAGUUAUCGAUCGUUCUUCUCAUCCAUCAUCUUGUCAUACAUAUCCAUUUACAUGUACAAAUGAUAUUGAAAAUAACAACGAUACUCUUAUUGAUGUUUAUUCGCAGCUAAUGAAAAAUACAAAACACAAUUCAAAAGAACCUGAUAUUUAUGUUUUAUCUGAUCGCGAUAGUACGCAAAAUAGAAUUGAACGUCAAAAUUCUCCAUCUCCUUUGGAAAUUAUUUCUUCAAAUAAAAAAACUUAUUCAUCACCAGAAAAAGUAAUAAUGUCAACUGAAAAAGAAGAAACUACAUCGAAUUAUGAUAGUGAUGAUGGUUGGAGUGAUGAUUCGGCUGAACUUUUAUAUGUUGAUGAACGAUACGCAAGAGGAAAGAAGAACAUUACGUCAUCUUCACAUCUAUUUUCAGAACAACCUUAUCAUGAUCAAGUUCAACAACAAAAUGUGCUUCUACAGUAG